AAAUUCUCCAUUAUCAAACAAAAAAUAGUAAAUUCUGUACCCAACUCAGCUCCCCAACCGGCUUGGGGUGGACUUGCCGGUGACACCGCCAGGCUGCCGCUGCUACUGUCAACUCUCAACCGACCUCCUCUCUUCUUUUUCUCUCUGAUUCUCCUCUGCUCUCCGCUUCAGAAGAUGCAGAAAUGAGAACGAUCCCCUAAUUUACAUCCGCAAAACCCUAACUUCACCCAACCGCCCAAACCCCUUCUCUUCGUACAAUAUUAGCUGCGACAGCUCAUUGCCAGAGAGAGAGAGGGGGUGAUCCAUGGCAAUUCUCUACGCGGUGGUGGCGAGGGGGACGGUGGUGCUGGCGGAGUUCAGCGCCGUCACCGGCAACACAGGCGCCGUGGCCAGGAGGAUUCUGGAGAAACUGCCGUCCGAGGCCGACUCCAGGCUCUGUUUCUCGCAGGAUCGAUACAUUUUUCACAUCCUCAGAUGCGAUGGGCUCACUUUCCUGUGCAUGGCCAACGACACCUUCGGAAGAAGAAUCCCCUUUUCGUACUUGGAGGAUAUUCACAUGAGGUUCAUGAAAAACUAUGGCAGAGUGGCCCACUACGCACCUGCUUACGCAAUGAAUGAUGAAUUCUCAAGAGUCUUGCAUCAGCAAAUGGAAUUUUUCUCUAGUAAUCCCAGUGCUGAUACUCUCAAUCGUGUCAGAGGUGAAGUUGGUGAGAUACGAACCAUCAUGGUUGAAAACAUUGAGAAGAUACUGGAAAGAGGCGAUCGGAUUGAACUUCUUGUCGACAAAACGGCAACAAUGCAAGACAGUGCCUUUCACUUCAGGAAGCAAUCUAAGCGCCUUCAUCGAGCUCUUUGGAUGAAAAAUUUCAAGCUCUUGGCUUUGCUGACUUGCUUGAUUGUUUUGCUGCUAUACAUUAUUAUUGCUGUCUGUUGUGGAGGCAUUACUCUUCCGUCCUGCAGAUCUUAACUUGCUGUUGUGCUAGUAGCCCAAAGUUCGUAAGGUAUGCAAUAUAUGGCUUUUGAAAAGAUGCAUAUCUGUUUGUUGGAGAAGAAGCCUAUUCGUCUCACCAUUCAGAUUUUUGGAAUUAUAAUAUCCAAGGUUCAAGAAAUAUCCCAGCCAAUUCCAUUACCGAUAGUUUUCAAAACCUGUGUGGUUAUCAAAAGAUGCUUAAUGUAUUUGUACUAUGUUAUUGCAGAUACUAUCUUUCUCUGUAAAUUCGCGGAUAUUGUAUUUAAUAAUUUUUUCAUUUAUGGUCAAAGCUCUGAUUAUGCUUUAAUCAA